GACACUCAAACGCGCCUCAGCCGCCUAGCCUGCUCUGAGAACGCGUAUGUGCGCCUGCGCAACGCUGGGCCCCGCGGGUAGUUUGAAUUGCGUACCUGGAGCUGUUUCCCGCGAUCCGGGUUUUCCACCGAGACUGGAAUAUCUACAGCUUCCUACCCAGCGGCCAGUGGGCCCUUUGCGCCCCUACCCGCAAGAGGUCGGAGUCUGGUGUUGGGGGGGUCUCUCACCUCGGAAGCGCCGCUUGGCAGAGACUUAAAGGAUGGCUUCCUCAGAUCUGGAACAAUUAUGCUCUUAUGUUAAUGAAAAGAUUGGCAAUAUUAAAAAAACUCUGUCAUUAAGAAACCUUGGCCAGGAACCUACCUUGAAGUCAAUAUUAAAUCAAAUAGAAGAUGAGAUCAUUGUAGUAAAUGAACUUCUGAAUAAAUUUGAAUUGGAAAUUCAGCAUCAGGAACAAACCAACACUUCACUCAAGGAACUCUGUGAGUCUCUUGAAGAAGACUAUAAAGAUGUGGUACAUCUCAAAGAAAAUAUUCCUUCCCAUUUGCCUCAAGUAAACGUAACCCAGAGCUCGGUUAAAGGGCCAGAUCUUGACCCUGAUGGACCAGUCAAAGUUGAGGAAUCUGUACCCAUAAAGAAGACUCCCAAAGAACAAAAAAGUAUUAAUAGUAUUAAAGAAAUGCUGUUUAUAACUACUGAGGAGUUCAAUGGUGUUCCUGCGUACAUGAAAUCCCGCUUAACCUAUUGUCAAAUCAAUGAUGUUAUUAAAGAAAUCAACAAAGCAGUAGUUAGUAAAUACAAGAUUGUACAUCAACCAAAAUCAUCUAUGAAUUCUGUGGCCAGAAAUCUCUAUCAAAGAUUUAUUAAUGAAGAAACAAAGGACACUAAAGGACAGUAUUUUAUAGUGGAAGCUGACAUAAAGGAAUUCACAACUUUGAAAACUGACAAGAGAUUUCAUGUGAUCCUGAAUAUCUUGCGACACUGCCGGAGGCUGUCAGAGGUCCGAGGGGGAGGACUUACCCGUUAUGUCAUAACCUGAGACCAUUGUAAGCUUUGGAAUUAAACAGUAGGGUAUAGGAGCUAGUUCUAUGAUUUUCUUAUAUAUAAUUUCUUUAGCUUUUCAUUUUCAAUUUGUUUCUUAUAGAAACAAGAUCUUUUUGGAUAAAGUAUGUAUAUUUUAAAGUUCACUUCUUUUCAGCAAAUAUUUAAUCACCUACCACAUAAGCCUCUCUACUAGGCACAUCAUGGACUAAACUUGCUCAUGUCUAGUUUUGUGCUAGAUGCCGUGAAACAGGUAUAGAUGUGAUAUUGCAAGAAAAAAUCAAGAAGAUGAGGUCAAGGAUACCCAGGCCCUUUGAAACUAAAUGUCAUUCAUGUCAAAUUCCAUCAAAGGCAUUUCAGCCUCCAGGUGACUUCCUAGAAGUGGAUUUGAAGGUGGCUUAUCUGAUUAUUGUGCUUUUCCACAUGUCCUUAGGGACCAGCUCACCUAAAAUGUAUUCAGUAUAACCCAGUCUGUAGACUUCAGCCUGUAAUGAAAGUAUAUCAAGAUAAUGUAAUGUCAUGAUGGAAUAAAUUUAUAUUUGUUAUUCA